UGGCGCUUGCAUUUAAGUAAAACCAAAUUUUACUGAUUUUGUAUGACGUGUAGAUAUUAUUAAGAACCGAAUCAGUUGUGUGGAAUUCGCGCAUUAACGCUGGAAUAGUUUUUAUUUAAUUUAUUUAAUUUAUUUUUAUUUUUUAACUUAAGUAUCAUUGUAAAUCUUUGCAAUACUGACACAGCAAUAAUUGUCAGUCCAAAAGACCGUCGAGAACUACUAAAAUAUGGCAGAGGUCAAGUACAAGUACGAAGUGGUUAUGAUCGUGUCGGGUUUGUUCAUGUUGUUGACAAUGUACGAACUACCGGUAAACGGUUACUACGAAUCUUAUAUAUAUUUCAGAUGUUUUCAAGAUGUCGCUAUUCAACUGUUGAUGCCUUUGAUUUUACAAAUGAUUAUCCAAACAUCCAGUGACGCUAUCACCGAGCAGCCGUUGGCGAUAUUUUGGAUUUUGGACAUCAUCGAAUACUUGAUGUACUUCACUACGUUCUAUCUAGUCCGCAGACUUGUUCAGCUGAUUUACUUCCGGUAUUAGCUUAUAUGAUAAUUAUAAUACUUAUAUGCAAAUUUGGAAGUAUAAUUCAUGUCGUACAUAAACGUGUGAUUCACAAUUCUUAUGUAAGUUUUCUCCUUGAAUAUUUUAUUACAUG